AUGGAGCGUGGGGAACUUCCGGAGGGCAGCUGGGCUACCUCACUCCAAAUUGUCUCUAGUAAUAGUGGCAUGUCAACACCAUCGACAAACUCCGACAAUUUUGUCAGUAUCCAUCCGUCUCAGAAUAACAACAGGGACAAUGUCCACACAAUUGCUUCCGAGUCAACCGAUGGCGCAGCAAAUCAGUCCACAGAUGGCGCCAGCUCCCCCAAAUCGACGACUUCGUACGAGGACGCAUUUGUUCAUGGUUACAAAGAGGGUUUUGCUAAGGCACACAUCGAAUUGAAGCACCAACCUAUAGCUAUCAUUGGAAUGUCUUGCAGACUGCCCGGCAGCGUUGCAUCACCUGAUGAGUUCUGGGAGCUUUUGGCACGUAACAGAACUGGAUUUUCGCCGAUUCCCGCCUCACGCUUCUCAGCUACUCGUUUCCAUCACCCAAACCCUGGUAAGGGCGGUACAACAAACGCACGCGGUGGAAACUUCCUCACCCAAGACCUCAAAGCAUUCGACGCCCCAUUUUUCGGCUUUACACAACAAGAGGCUGUAAGCCUUGACCCCCAACAACGGUUGCUCUUGGAAUGCACCUUUGAGGCACUUGAGAGCGCUGGAGUACCGAGGCACAACGCAGUUGGCAAAGACGUCGGAGUCUUCAUUGGAGGUUCUUUCUCUGAAUACGAAGCAGACCUUUUUCGAGAUCCAGAGACCAUACCCAUGCAUCAAGCCACAGCCGGUGUUCAUUUGAACAUGCUGCCCGAGUUCUGGAUCUCAAUGUCAAUGUCAAGACUUUUUGGAGACGCCGGCCGUUCUUUUGCUUUUGACCAGCGAGGCACGGGCUAUGGUCGAGGAGAGGGGUGUGGGAUGAUUUUACUGAAGCCUCUCGAUCAAGCACUCAAGGAUAACGAUCCGAUUCGUGCUGUGAUUGCUGGCAGUGGUAUCAAUCAAGAUGGAAAGACAGCUACAGGUAUCGCCGGUAUCAUAAAAACCGCUCUGAUGCUAGAACGCGGAUUCAUUCUGCCGAACUAUGACUUCAAGCAGCCUAAUGAGAAGAUUCCCUUCGAUGAGUGGGGCUUGAAAGUGCCUGUCAGACAGCAACCAUGGCCUUUUGGCAAGAAGUGGGCUAGCGUCAAUGGCUUCGGCUUCGGAGGAACAAAUGCACAUGUGGUCAUGACUCGGGGUCCACUCGAACGGAAGACCAUGAAAGAAGAUAUCGACACGCAGACUCAAAAGCGCUUGUUUGUUGUGUCCGCCAAUGACAAGGCUGCUGCCGACGAAGCUAUGAAGAACCUGGGCAUUUACCUUGAACAGCGACCAGAGAUCUUUCAGAAUGACCUGCUAAGUAAUCUUGCUUACACACUUGGACAACGAAAGUCACUUCAUUCUUGGAGAAUGGCGAUCUCAGCUUCAUCGGCAGUUGAGCUUGUUGAAUCUCUAUCAAGCGGAAGAAUAUCGCCCAUCAAGCAAGACAUUGAGGCACUGCGCCUAGGCUGGGUUUUCACUGGGGCUAGCUCACACCUCUCCUCAAUCGGUGCGCCUUUCUCAUUGAUCGAGGAGUUGGCAAAGGACGAGCAAUCCACGAGAGUCAAUGUAGCCCAUGUCAGCCAACCUGCUUGUACCGCCAUACAGCUGGCACUCGUCGAGCUGCUGCGCUCUUGGAAGAUUAGUCCAAGUGCUGUUGUCGGUCACUCCAGUGGUGAGAUCGCUGCAGCCUAUAGUGCUGACAUCAUCAACUUUGAGGACGCGAUGACGAUUGCAUACCACAGAGGCAGACUGAUACCCAUACUAAAAGAGCGUUAUCCGGGACUCGACGGUUGUAUGUUGGCUGUAGGUGCUAGUGCGACCGAUAUUGCACCGUUGCUCGAGCGGGUUCCGUCAAGCCUCGGAGAAGCGCGAAUCGCUUGCAUCAACAGUCCGUCCAGUGUCACUAUUUCCGGAGACGCUGAAGCCGUCAGCGAAGUACAAAGACUCAUCGAAGAAGCAUAUCCUGUCAGCUUUCACUCCUCGCUUCUCGGUCGUACUGCAAGCUACUCAGACUUGGAUGCCACCUAUUGGGUACAAAACUUGACGUGUGCCGUCAGAUUUGACGAAGCCGUGCAAAGCAUGUGCACUCCAGUAGGUGACGCCAAAGUCGGAGUCAACUUCCUCGUUGAACUUGGGCCCCAUGCAGCAUUACAAGGCCCUCUCAAACAGAUUCUCAAACACGUUGGUGGCGCUGCAACAAAGGUCUCAUACGCAUCGGCUCUGUCAAGGAAGAAGAACGCUGUUCACACAGCACUGGAUUUGGCGGGCACGUUGUUCGUGAAAGGGACGCUGCUAGACAUGGGCGCCAUAAAUUUUCCAAAGCCGCUUGGAAGGCAACCCCAGGUGCUCACGGAUGUGCCGCGAUACGCGUGGAACCACUCGACCACUUAUCAUCACGAGUCACGACUGACGACGAUCCACAAAUUCCAAGAUACUCCAAGGAACGAUUUGCUUGGAGUGUUGGCACCUUACUCUGACGAUAUCGAACCUACGUGGCGCAACGUUUUACGCCUUGACGAUGUUCCCUGGUUGCGUCAUCACCAAAUGCAGGGUGUCACAAUCUUCCCAAUCUCAGGCUUUCUGGUUAUGGCAUUGGAGGCUAUGGGCCAACAGGCUCAAGCGCUGAAUCUGGAAUACGAUUCAUUUCAAGUCCAAGAUUUGAGCGUCAAAGUCCCUGCUCUGCUAACGGAAGAGGAUCUUGAGAUGACGACAACACUGCAACCGCGUCUUCAGGUUCGUGGGACACCAUCUUUCUAUUUCCACAUCCGCUCUUGGUCAAAAAACAAAGGCUGGACCGAGAAUUGCACCGGAAUCGUAUCUGCUUAUCUUGAUCAAGUCAACGAAGUUGACGGACAGCGCCUUGUGGACAUGAAGCAACGCAGACUCCAUUCCCGAAUCACCAGGACUAUGCAUUCCGCAGCCGAACCCGCACAUAUGAAAGCGAUUUAUAAGAGGCUCGCCGAUAUUGGUGUUUCGUAUGGCACAACGCUUCAAGGUCUCCAAGACUGCCAGGCCUCGUCUUCUGCAUCAAGUGCUCGGAUGCCAGUAAGCGAUACAGUCUCCGAAAUGCCCGAACAUCAUGAGUCAAAGUACAUUCUUCAUCCGACUGCCUUUGAGCAGCUCAUCACAAUGUACUGGCUUAUUCUUGAGGCCUCAGGAGCACUCGACACAGUAUACCUACCAUCUUCCAUCGGCAAAAUCACUGUUUUUACAAAAGCGUUGAAGGCACUCGAUGAAUCCUCUGCUGCCAUGCAAGCCUUUUUGUCGAUUGAAGACUUGCUCAUCUCCCCAAUUAUGGAGACUGAUGUUGGGCUAGAGGCCAACACAGCACGCGAGCUGUGUUACAAACUAGACUGGGAGCCGAUGCCAGAAGCAGCAGAGGCCGAAGUUGGGAUGACAGAAAAGCCUCGCUUCGAUACAGGAGUAGUCAUUGUUCAUGGCAACUCGAAAUCUCAGCUUGAGAUGGCAGCUAUGCUCUCGGAUCAGUUCAUGCUCCUCACAGGAGCUGCACCGGUUUUGGGAUCACUUUCUUCACUUGCGUCUAUAUCGCAGGACAAACUCUGCGUCGUCAUUUCGGAGCUCGAGGAGCCAUUAUUGUCUACUCUCAGUGCUCAAGACUUCGAGGCCUUACAAUAUCUGUUGACUACUAUUCGAGGUGCAUUAUGGGUCGUACGGGGUGCGUAUGUUGGUUCAAGAAGCCCUGAGAGCAACAUGAUUACCGGUCUCAGUCGUACAUUGCGAUCAGAAGGUACCCUGAUGAAGUUCGUUACCCUUGACAUCGAAGCCCGUAAAGAAGUGGACGUCGAGCACGACAUUUCAACGAUUUUGCGAGUGUUUACUCAGUCGCUGAGUGCAGAGACCAAGGUGGAGGAAACAGAGUUUUUGGAGCGUGAUGGUCAAGUGUUCACCCCUCGAAUUAUCAACGACGAUUCACUCAAUGAGUACGUUGAGCAACAAACUCAUCCAACAGCUUCCGAGCUUGCUUCAUUCUCUGAUGUCAAACGGCCGCUCCGUGGACUUCUCGAGACACCCAACGUAAUGGAUAGUCUCCAGUUCACCGACCAUGAACUAUCACCACUGGCCCAGGAUGAUGUGGAGAUUCAAGUCAAAGCGGUCGGCCUCAACUCAAGAGAUGUUACAUCUAGUCACACAAUUGGUGUCGAGUGCAGCGGCAUUGUCACGGCUGUUGGAUCCGAUGUGCCAAAUCUUUUCCCUGGUGAUCGCGUUUCAGGGCUCACGACUGAAGGUGCUUUGUCGACCAUCACUCGCGCACAACAUCCAUUUCUGUUCAAACUUCCGGAUCAUACAACGUUCGAGUCGGCGGCGACAUUACCACUGGCAUACUGCACGGCAUCCUAUGCAUUGAUUAACCAAGCUAGACUGCGCGAGGAUGAGUCUAUUCUGGUACACGAUGCAGCGAGUGCAAACGGUCAAGCUGCUUUAUCGGUUGCCCAGAUGGCCGGCGCAGAUGUUUGGACCACUGUCCAAAGUGCCGCCGAGAAGACACUUUUGCUGAGAGAUUUCGGCGUGCCUGAAGACAGAGUGCUCUAUGCUGGCAGCGAAGACUUUGCGGACACCAUCAAAGAUGCCACUACAGGACAUGGUGUUGAUGUCGUGUUCGACAGCCUUGAGGAUGGCCACCUUACACCCGCAACACAGGCCACGCUGGCAGACUUUGGCCGACAUGUUGUCAUUGACGCAAACAGAGUCGGAGCUAGUAGAGAUACAAGAGCCAAUACUAUCCUAAUCGUUGUCGACAUCCGGGCCCUCUGGAAACUUCGACCCAAGGUGCUCCAGCGCACCCUUGCUGAUGUGGGCCGGAUGCUCAAGCACAACACGAUCCGAGCACUCCAGGAGAUCAGUACAUACGGAAUUGCAGACGCAGUUGCGGCUCUCCACGAUGUUCAAGUUGCAGGCGCGCGUGGUAAGGUGGUAAUCACACCACAAGACAACGAGUUAGUAAUGGCACCACGCAUCGACAAGAAAAUCACUUUACUUCGCGAAGAUGCGACAUACAUCCUCAUCGGGGGCACAGGCGGCCUCGGGAGAAGCAUGGCGAAGUGGAUGGUAUCGAAAGGUGCUAAGAACAUCGUUUUGCUCUCGCGCAGUGGAGAGCUUCGAGGGAACGCAAAAGAACAGGUCGAUGACCUCAACGGCGCAGGCGCCAACAUUGUUGUGCGUAGCUGCGAUGUUGCGGACAAGGUUUCCGUCGAUCACCUCAUCUCUGGUGGCCUGGUGGGUCUGCCGCCAGUACGAGGUAUUGUACAUGGCGCCAUGGUACUUCACGACGUUUUGUUCGAGAAGAUGACACAUGAUCAGUACACAAGCGUCAUCGCUUCCAAGGUACAAGGCGCGCGCAACUUCCACGAGGCAUUGUCUAAGGCUCAAGCAUCUCUCGACUUCUUUAUUCUCAUAUCUUCUGCCGCUGGAGCUGUGGGAAACCGUGGACAAGCCGCCUACGCCGCAGCCAACACAUUCCUCAACGCCUUCGCACAACACCUCAUCGGCAAAGGUAUUCGAGCCGCGUCACUCGAUCUGACUGCAGUCUCAGACGCCGGCUACCUGGCCGAGGAUGCAGAGAAAGCAGCCGAGGUUGCGCGCAAUCUUGGUAGCGACACGAUCUGUGAAGCCGAAGUGUUGGCCCUGCUGCAAGCCGCCAUCGAAGGCAAGCUGUCGAGCUGUAACGGCCAUCCAAUAACCGGCAUGCGCAUCACGCCCACUAUGCGACCUUUCUGGUCCAACGACGCCAAAUUUGUCCACCUCCUGCGCGCCGCAGAAGCAGCAUCGAAUGCGUCUGGGACAGCAGCGAAGAUCUCGUGGAGCACUGCGUUCAAAGCAGUGGCUUCGCGGGCUGAGGCUGAACAGGUGGUUUGCAAUGCGCUCGUUGAGAAGAUUGCCGAUGUCAUUUCGAUGGAGCCCGAGGAACUCGACAUUGGUCGAGCUCUCAGCCAUUAUCCGUUGGAUUCACUGACUGCUAUCGAAGUGCGCAACUUCAUCACGAGGAUGUUCGAGGCGAGUUUGCAGGUCUUGGAGUUGUUGGCCAGUGGGAGUAUUGAGAACUUGGCUAAGAUUAUUUGCACGAAGACCAAGGUUGCACUACCAGAAGCAUAA